GUUGCAAACUGUGUUGUUAGGUUGUUGCUCCUAUUAUCUAUUUAUGUUAGUGCCCAGAGCGAGACAACAACAGGAUCAGAAACAAGAAAAUGGAGGAGUGCUGUGCGCUGUGUGAGAAUAGGGCCAUGAUGCACUGUGAUUCGGACCAGGCUAACCUAUGCUGGGACUGCGACGAGAAAGUUCACAGUGCAAAUUUCCUAGUAGCCAGACACUCGAGAAUUCUCUUAUGCAGCCUCUGCUAUUCUCACACUCCGUGGAAGGCUUCAGGCCCAAAGCUUACACCCACUGUUUCCUUUUGUCAUCGCUGCGUGGCUGAUCGACGCGCCAGAUUCAGCCACGUGGCAGAUAAUAAUCACCAUCUUUGUGAUUACGUGGAUGAUAAUGGGGAAUAUAGUUCUGAUCAUAUUGAUGAUGAUGAGGAUGAGAAUGAUUAUGAUAGUGAUGAUGAUGAUGUUGAAGAAGGAGAUGACGGAGAGAACCAGGUUGUGCCAAUGUCCUCUGCUUCUGCCUCUUUUUCUGUCGAUUCAAAUAUGCUGGAUGAGACAGUGUGUUCUUCAUCUCAGAUGUUCUUUGCUAGUGAUGAAUCAACAUCUAUGAGCGUCUUAAGGCCAUUGAAGGAGCAUCGAAUUAAUGAGCAAAGUAAUUGACCAUGGUUGAAGAUCGAAUGGUUGGUGAAGAUCCUGUGCUGGUGCACCCAACUUGAUAAGAGAUCUGAACCGUUGAUAAUGAUAUAAUAAUUAUUAGACUAUAUGUUAAGUGCUAACUCCCAUCUAUCUCCGAAAACUAGAUAGUUUAUAGGUCAACUUCAAUUUCGGGGUAGAUUUUAGUUUCUUAUUCAAUUUUGUAGUCAAUUCCGUUGAUAAUAACUUG